AUGGCUGGUACAAUUCGCGCCGUGACAAUUCUCACUGCCGGUCCCAAUGGCGCAGUAGCAGGAAGUCAAUGGGCAUGCCGCGAGACAUUCGUCGCAAUAAUCGUCACAAACCUGCCCAUAAUCCAACCCCUCAUCCGCAAAGGCGCCAGCAUGAUCGGUCUCAGCGUGCUCUUCAGCCGCGGCACGAAAUCCGCAUCGCAGAGCCACCAGCUCCGCAGCAGCGAAAUGGGCGGGAGCCGGUUCAACACUAGCCGCCGCCGCGGACCUGGCAGCUCGCACCCGCUAGCGACGGUUCCCCAGACCACGGCCUGGGCCAGCGACGAGCACAUCCUCCCCGAAGCUGGGAAGCCCGCUGGUGCUGGCGGCGGUAUCGUGGUUGCGCAGGAGAUCAGCGUGCAGUCUGAGGUCAAUACUACGGAGGGUGAUCGUGGGAGGAGGGGGCCUGAGGGGAAUGACUGGGGGUACAAGACGAGUGUGUCAAGGAGCCCAUAA